UUUCGCAUUUAUAAUAUUAGUAGGAUUUAAUCACUUAUCAAUUACCGAGUUCCACGCCAUUUUUACAAGCUAGACUGGAUUAGUAGGUAGAUAGCUAAUCGAUAGCCGAUAACAAAUACAAAGAUGUGUAUAUUAUUAUUUGUACAAUAAUAACCCUGGGCAAUAGUAAGAUAGUGGACGUACGUGUUAGUGCCUACGUGGAAUAAAUUAUUUGAAAAUGUCUAUACGAGCUCUAAGUCCUGAGUUAGCUGAGAAGGCGCGAGUUGAGUUAAAUGAAGACCCAAAGAAAGUAAAAGACGAUAUACAGCAUCUUAAAGACUGGUUGGCGAAACAACCCCACUUAAGGGCAAGAACAGAUGACCAAUGGCUGCUGGUAUUUCUUCGAGGAAGUAAGUUUAGUUUGGAGCGUGCGAAACAAAAGAUAGACCUCUACUAUACCUUCCGAACAGCAGCGCCCGAGUUUUUUGCCAUCAAACAUACAAAUCCGAAAUUUCAUGAGAUUUUAAACAUAGGGGCCAUGGUAUUGAUACCUAAGACGUGGGGCCCCGCUACUCCAGUCAUCUCUAUCGUCAGGCCUGGAAGGUUCGACCCAAAUAAAUAUAAUAUGUUGGACAUGAUGGCCAUAUCGACAGCCAUACAAAAGAUCCUUUUUUACGAGAAUGACAACGCAUCUGUCGCCGGUGUCCGAGGCAUCAUGGACAUGGAAGGUACAACCAUGGCACAUUUCAUGCAGAUGACCCCAACGAUGAUGAAGAAAAUGGCGGUUUUCUCACAGGAUGCAGCUCCGCUUCGUAUGAAAGGGUUCCAUUACAUAAAUACACCACCUGGGUUUGAAACUAUUUUUAAUCUCAUGAAAGGAUUUUUGAACGAGAAAAAUAAAAGCAGGUUGUUUGUACAUAACAAGAAUUACGAUGAAAUGUACAAAGAAAUCCCCAAAGAGAUAUUGCCAGCGGAAUAUGGCGGAAAUAGCGGAACUAUGGCGGAGAUCACAGAAUAUUGGAAAAAUAAAGUGAAAGAGUAUAGUGCUUGGUUAGAUGAGGAAGAAUAUUUCGGCGUGGACGAGUCCAAACGACCGGGCAAACCCAAGACCGCUGAGGAAUUGUUUGGUGUAGAAGGUUCUUUUAAACAACUAGAAUUCAUCAUAUUUAAGACGAUGUCAGUUCGUCCCCUGCCCCCUGAAUUAGAGGAGAAGGCUCGCGAGGAGCUGAACGAGGAUCCAAAGAGACUGGAGGCUGGUAUUCAACAUUUGAAGGAAUGGAUAUCGAAGCAGCCACAUUUGAGAGCCAGAACAGAUGAUCAAUGGUUAGCGGCAUUUCUAAGAGGAUGCAAACAUAGCUUGGAGCUGGCGAAGGAAAAAAUAGACCUUUACUAUUCUUUGCGAAGCACUGCACCAGAUUUGUUCAGCUUGAAACCAAACGAUUCAAAAUUUAUGGAGCUACUUCAAUCUGGCGUAGCGCUAGUCCUCCCCAAAGUGCUGAAACCCACGGACCCGAGAGUGAUUCUCAUCAGGGCGAGCGAGUACGACCCCAACAAAUUCGUGGUUUCAGAGCUACUGGCACUGACCCUUGUGAUGCAACAGAUUUUGUAUUUAGAAGACGAUUCAUUUUUGGUUUCCGGUGUUAUAAACAUAGUGGAUAUGCAGGGAGCGACAGUGGCUCACUUCCUACAAAUGACACCUACCAUGAUGAAGAAAAUGCUGGUCACUGGCCAGGAUGCAUCACCAGCUCGACUAAAAAGUGCACAUUACUUGAGCACGCCCCCUGGCUUUGAAUCAGUGUUGUGUAUUGGAAAACGAAUUAUGAGUGAGAAAUUUAAGAGUAGAUUGUACGUGCAUAAUAAAGGUUUGGAUGAUUUGUACAAAUUCGUUCCUAAAGAAAUAUUACCGGCAGAGUACGGUGGAAGCGGCGGCACAAUCAGGGACAUUAUAGAUUAUUGGGUGAAAAAGAUAAAAGAAUAUGAUGAAUGGUUUAAUGAUGAUCAAAUGUAUGGAACUGAUGAAAAUAUGCGAGCUGGCAGUCCCAAAACUCCGGAAAGCAUGUUUGGAUUAGAUGGCUCCUUCAGACAAUUGGACUUUGAUUAAUUUGAAAGACGAGAUUUGAAAGACAUAUUUAUUUAUUUGUGUUCUCUUAUCAACGUUCAUGUCUUAGCACUAAAAAAGGUCAACAAAGAUAUAACACAUUCUUAAUAAUUUUUGCCCGGGGCUUCGUUCCCGUAUCGUCAGCCACGCGUCCUCAUAACUUUUGUCCCAACUGAUAUGUCACCUUUUCCUUUUACAUAUGUGCAAAAAAGUCUAAAAGCUUCGGAUAUUUUUCGAU